AUGGUUUGUAUACUUGGUAUUGAAGGGAGCGCGAAUAAGAUUGGAGUCGGUAUUGUUCGAGACGGAGAGGUUCUAGCGAAUCCCCGUGCAACUUUUCAUGCUCCACCUGGUGAGGGGUUUCGACCAACUGAAACUGCAAUUCAUCAUCGUCAAAAUGUUGUGUCAAUUGUAAUCAAAGCACUUCGAGAGGCACAAAUUAAGGAUCCUGAGAGUGAAAUUGAUGGUGUUGCCUUUGUUAAGGGGCCUGGAAUGGGUGCGCCUCUACAGGUUGGUGCAGUUGUUGCUAGAAUGUUAGCGCAAAUGUGGAAGAAACCAAUUUAUCCUGUUAACCACUGUGUUGGACAUAUCGAGAUGGGACGAUUGAUUACUGGGGCUGUAAAUCCAGUAGUCUUGUAUGUUAGCGGGGGAAAUACACAAGUCAUUGCAUACUCUAAUCAGCGGUACCGUAUAUUUGGAGAAACUCUGGAUAUUGCGGUUGGCAAUUGCCUUGACAGAUUUGCUCGUGUUUUGAAACUGCCUAAUGAUCCAUUUCCUGCCUACAACCUAGAACAGUUAGCAUUAAAAGGGAAGAAAUUUAUUUCUCUUCCUUAUGCUGUUAAAGGUAUGGAUGUAUCAUUUUCCGGUAUUUUGUCUUUUAUAUGUACGAAAGGUCAGGAGAUGAUGAAAAAUGGUGAAUGCACUGCGGCAGACCUUUGUUUUUCAUUACAGGAAACUGUUUUUGCUAUGUUAGUUGAAGUCACAGAACGUGCGUUGGCUCAUUGCGACAGUAAAGAGAUUCUUAUUGUUGGAGGUGUCGGUUGCAAUAAAAGACUGCAAGCAAUGAUGGAGAGUAUGGGUGCCGACAGAGGCGCUAAACUGUUUGCGACCGACGAGCGUUUUUGCAUUGAUAAUGGGGCAAUGAUCGCUCAAGCUGCAUCUCACAUGGCUACUUCUAAUAUUGUAGCUCAUCUAGAGCAGUGUACCACUACGCAAAGAUAUAGAACAGACCAAGUACACGUUGUUUGGCGGAAGUGA